AUGCAAUAUUGGAUAUAUAUUGUUCAAAAUGAGAAAAAGGCAGUAUUUUGCAGGUACCCAGAUGACCCGUUUGAUAGAAUAUGGCUAUCCGACUCGAUAAGAAAAGCAAACUACCUUGUCGAUGUUGCUGAAGGAACCGAGAAAAUAUCGACCCGAAUGCCCAUAGACGUGAGCCGGGAUGAGAUGCCGCCAGAGAAAGUCAUGCAGACAGCUGUCGUGGGCCGAAACGGAUCGCUCACAUACCGCAUGAACCUCGACGGGUUUCCCGGGCCUGGUUGGGCCUUCACGUACUUUGCGGAGAUCGAGGAUUUGGGCCCGGGUGAGGCCCGAAAGUUCAGGCUGGUACUUCCGGGGGCCCCUGAAUUCAGCAAGGCUGUAGUGAACAUUCAAGAAAAUGCACAGGGAAAAUACCGUUUGUACGAGCCGGGUUACUAUAACAUCACGCUGCCAUUCGUUUUGUCUUUUGGGUUCGCGAGGACAUCGGACUCUACUGCGGGUCCGCUUCUGAAUGCAAUGGAAAUAAAUCGGUAUCUGAAGAAGAGUGAUGGCUGUGCAGAUGGACCAAUUCUUGCUGCUAUGGCAGCAACUUAUUCGUCAGCCGAUUGGGCACUUGAAGGUGGUGACCCGUGCCUUCCAGCUCCAUGGUCAUGGGUCCAGUGUAAUUCAGAUCUCCAACCAAGAAUAACAUCAGUUAAACUUUCUGGGAAGAAUUUGACAGGACCUAUUCCUGAAGAUUUGACAAAGUUGGCUGAUCUAGUUGAGUUGUGGCUCGAUAAUAACUCGCUGAAUGGUUCAAUCCCUGAUUUUUCUGGGUGCCCCAACUUGAGAAUUAUACAUCUAGAGAAUAAUCAGUUGACCGGUGAUCUGCCUUCUUCAUUGGGAGAUCUUUCAAAUUUGAGAGAAUUGUAUGUUCAAAACAAUAGGCUAUCAGGAAAUGUCCCGUCUGGUCUUCUUAAUAGAGAUAUGAGUUUGAACUAUACUGGAAACCCGGAUCUGCACAACAAGGGCAAUAUAGAGAACCAUACAAAAAUUAUAAUCGGAACUUCAGUAGGAGCUGCUGUUCUGCUUAUUGCUUCCGUUGCAGCUUUUUUCUUAUUGCCAAAAGGAAAGAAAAAUCCUAAACAAGGAAAAUUGCAACACGAUUUGUCUGCUCAAAAGCCCGUGUCGGAUAGUGCAACUGAAGCUGCACAUUACUUUUCAUUAUCUGAAAUCGAGGCUGCUACAAAUAACUUUGAGAGGAAAAUCGGCUCAGGUGGAUUUGGGGUUGUCUAUUAUGGGAGACUUAAAGAUGGAAAGGAAAUUGCGGUCAAGAUAUUGACUAAUGAUUCAUUCCAGGGCAAGCGAGAAUUUUCAAACGAGGUAGUCUCUCUUCUUUCAAGAAUACAUCAUAGGAACCUCGUACAGUUUCUUGGAUAUUGUCAAGAAGACGGUAAAAGUAUUCUCGUGUAUGAGUUCAUGCACAAUGGAACUCUCAAGGAGCACCUUUAUGGGCCGUUAACACAUGGAAGAGGUGUUAAUUGGAUGAAGCGCCUUGAAAUUGCUGCAGAUGCUGCAAAAGGAAUCGAGUACCUCCACACUGGCUGUGUCCCGUCAAUUAUCCAUAGAGAUUUGAAAACGAGUAAUAUUCUUCUCGACCAGAACAUGAGAGCUAAGGUUUCGGAUUUUGGCCUCUCGAAACUAGCAGUCGAUGGAGCUUCUCAUGUGUCGAGCAUAGUUCGAGGCACCGUUGGUUAUCUUGAUCCCGAGACCUUGUUGAGCAAGAGGAUUGUGGGCGUUGAUGUUCGUCGAGAGGAUGUUGGUAGGAAUAUAAGUGAUGCAGGAGUCGGUGAUUAUGAAGAUGAGUCAGCAAAGUUGCUACUUUUCCUUGAAAGGCAGCAAUUGAACUCCGAGUUAACAUUAUACCAGUCAAUUCUGAAACAGCAAAGUGGAACAGAACAUGAAAUUGUCCCAAGUGCAAGCUUGUGGACUCGCAAGCUCGAGCUCCUCCACUAUGUCGCGCACGAUUACUACAAUCGCAACUGGACCCAGGCCUCAUACACCGACCCGUGGAUCGAGUUCUAG